AUGGCUGUGGAGAAAUCAUCUUCUGUGUACAUCAUCUGUGGAAUCAUUUCAGCUAUUGCUUUAGCCGUUGGGUUUGUAAUAGGAUACUUGGUUCGUCCCCAGGUCACUUCAUUGGGAGUAUCACAAACUACCAUCGAUCACCACGAACCUCUGCCAAAACAGAAUUUCACAUUUGCCAAUUUGGAAUCUUGUGGAGAAUCAACUACUAAUGAUCCACAGACUGACCGAUAUUUGGCUAAUUGUGAAUCGAAUGUAUGUCAAGCUACAUCAUGUUACAUACCAGUACCAUCAACUUACGUUGUUUAUCAUCUAAACAGUCAAACUGUUCAAAUAGAUGGUCGACUUGAUGAACAGGCUUGGAAAGAUGUUCCUUGGAGCAGAUCGUUUGUUGAUAUUAAAGGAUUCGAUGCCCUUAAGCCAAAAUAUGAAACCAAGAUGAAGUUAAGAUAUGAUGAUGUUAAUCUAUAUCUAGCAUUUUAUUUAGAAGAAGAUGAAGUCUGGGCCAACAUUACUAAACACGAUGGGGCUGUUUAUGGUGACAAUAGUGUACAGAUUUUGAUCGACACAAAACAGAACAAUCACAAAUAUAAAGAAAUAGUGAUCAAUUCUCUAGGAACAGUAUCUGAUAUCAUGAUGACUAAACCUUAUAUAGAUGAUGGUGAACAACAAGUAAUAUGGGAAAGUGAAGUAAAAAGAUCUAUCUAUGUAGAUGGCUCAGUGAAUAAUGCUUCUAAACAAUCAACAUUCUGGACGUUAGAAAUGGCAAUACCAUUUAAAUCCUUAUUUUUUGGAGUAAAACAUGGUUCUGAUAUGCCGGCAGAUCAAGAUAUAUGGAGGGCUAAUUUUGUCAGGGUUGAACACGAAGUUGAAAUCAGUGGCUCAAAAUAUUUGAAGAAAGUAGGUGGUAAAACAGAUUUAUGGCAGUGGUAUUCUAAUGGUGUAAUAAACAGUCACCUUCCUGACAUAUGGGGACUGUUACAGUUUAGAAAAGCUCCAGUAAAUAGUACAGAAUUUCAACAAUCAAAAUAUUGGCUUCUCACAAAUAUUCUAUCUGAAUUAUUUAGAGCCGAAAAGGCAUAUAAAGCAGUAACUGGAAGAUAUACAGAUAAAUUAGAGUUAUUAAAUCUACCUCCAUAUACUAUCUCUAAACAAUGUAUUCAAAAUAUAUCUGUGAAAUUAGAUUGGUCUGGAUUUCAAAUCACUGUAACACCUAGAGACAAUACAUUAAAACCAGGACAUAUUAGAACUGAUAGAUUAUUGUGGUUUGGUGAUGAUACAGAAGAAGUCUUUUAG